UGAGCCUCGGGUCCAAAAAGAGUCUAUGCUCAACCAACUCUUCUGUUGAAGUUUUGUGUACUGUCAUGGCGGAGAAACGAUGUUUUGGCGGGAAUCGUGGCUAACAUCUAGGUAUAACUUAUCUGUUCAUAGAGCAUUGGAGAAAUAUGAAUAAUUUGAAGACACUGAUAGAAACUUUAGAUAGAAGACAGUAUGAAGUGCUUGAUGGUCCAAAUCAGGGAGAAGAAAAAAAUGCUUACCUUGUUUACAAGCUGGCAGCUGUUAAAUGUGAAAAGCAGCUCGAGGAACGGAGAAAAAUAAGACAUGCAAGGUUACUAAAUAGAGUUGCAGAAAUUGAUGAUGAGCUUAAGGCGAAAAAAUUGAAAGAACCAAGUUUUACCAGACCACAGGUCCAAGACGCUGAUUUGCUUGCAUCUCCCACAAGAAGCAUGAAGAUGCCUGCAUUCAUGGAUCACAACUUCAACCGUGUUGGGGAUGAUGAUGACAUAACAGAAAGCAAAGAAGCAAGUGCUCUUGUGGAAACGUUUUCAAAGCUUGAGGACUUGAAGAAUCAAGAGAAAAUGCUCGAGGGCUGGUACGGAUCAAUGUCAGAUCAACUGGAGCAGGAGCAGAGGAAAUUAACCGAGAGAUUCAAUGAAAUGCGUGUGAAAAUUUUACAGCAGAAGCAGUAUUAUCUUAAAACUAGCCAAGAGUACAUUAACAAUAUUAGCUCAAGUUCAGAAAUGAAUGGACGACAUAUUGAACACGAGACUAGUGCCACGAGGGUAAUGGAGGAUACACACUUGGAACCACAGCACCAGCUAGAGGCUGAGGUUAAGCAGAAUAAAAUGGCCAAUCAGCAUUUUUCAGAUGCUAAAUGGAAACAGGCUUCGCCAAAACGUUCUUUGUUUUUUGAUGACAUUAUUAAUAAGGAGCCUUCGCGCCAAAAAACUGCUUCGGCUGUUCAGAACCGGAAAGGCAGAAGAUACGUGGCCUUCAGAGAGACUGAACCUGGAGAACAUGGGCAAAGUCAGGCUGGAGAGAAAGCCAUAGAAGUGAGCGAGAAUGAGAUGCUGGUGAAGGAGCAUUCAGGUAGCCCUGUAGCCUACGAUUUGAGUGGUCUCAUCGAGAAAACACUUACGAUAUCGCCUAUACAGGAUAAACCAUUGACUGAAAAAGCAAAGUCUGCAAGCAGAUCGUCUUUGCAAAUGAAGCACAGAUUUUACGCAGAGGUUCAAGACAAGAGCAAUAAUUUUUCAGCAAAUAUCAGUUCGUCGACUCCGAUUAGUAAAGGCAGUUCAUUUGAAACUAGAGAAGGAGAAUACAAAGGCAUAAACAGAGGAAGAAUAUCUGGUUUUGAAAACACGAAUGAAAUUCAAUUGUCGAAGCGAAGCUGUGAUUUUCUUUUUGCCGCUGCCCAAGGGCACCUGACGAGGAAACUUAUGAACACUGACAAAGUCCAGGAGCUUAUCAAGACAAUCAAGGACACAAGAGUAGUCUUGCGUGAUUUGGAAAAGGAAGCAACGGUUAGCAAGAAAUUGCAUGAAUCCAAAGCAGACUUUGCUCUAAAAACGACAUUGCUUCACGAGCUGCAAAAUGCACAGAGCAAGCUACAUUCGAUAUUCAUGGCCUACUCGCCGGCAGCCAAAGUUGAGAUGAUGAAGAGAUCUAGAGCUGCAGCAGUGGAUCGUGAGAACAAACACCUUUUCAAGGAUAGAAGUUCGUCUUUGAACCAACCAAAGAGACUCUCUACAGCAACUCGUAGGACGCUGCGCAGAAGACAAGAAACUUCCCUACACGAUAAAAGCAUACCUAGACCCCAUACCUCACCAGCGACCAAGAACGUUCAAACUGGAAGAAAAGAAAGAAAAAGCUGGGACAUUAGAUCGUUGAGACCAACACCAAGCAGCAGCUCUCCUUUUCAAAUCUCACGAACAAGAGAACAGAAGCAAGUCACAGUACUUAAAGAGGUGGAGAUUGUUAAUAUCCCAGAGCCUUCAAUGCAACGAAAAAAACAAACUGGGCCACCAAAAAAGGUGUCAAGAAAGAAAAUGGUAUUAGCAACAACUUUAAAUAGGAGGGCAAACUCUCCAAAUGGUUAGCGCUUUCAAUGUCUAUCCACCUGUGAAGCAGUAUUUUUUUAAUAGUAGGUAAUCCAAUGGAGUACAAGUUUGCAGUAAGUCUGUCAAGCAGAAUUAUGAAUUUUAGGAUUACAUAGUAUGGCUGCUAACAUACUAUGUUAAUUUUUAUGGAGUUAAAAUACUUGUAGAGGUGGAUAAAGCACAAAAAGAUUUUAGCA